GAUUUGUUUACUUCUCGAGUGAAUCAAUAGAUCCGAAGAAAUGGCAAAAUUUGUCGGUUUCAGUGGUUUUGGUUACCAUCUGAAGAGUGCGUUGAUUGGACGCCAGAUAUGUUGCCCUUUGGUGUCCACACAAGUGAGACACGAGUCGGAAGAAGUGCGACAAGAGUUGUCCAAAACGGUGAACACGACUCCUGUGGCGCGAAAGGGUUACUCUCCGUUCCCGAAGCCGACCUCGAAGGCUGAGUUCGCGUUGGCGCGAGUGGACGACCUGUUGAAUUGGGGCCGCAAGAACUCUCUCUGGCCGCUCACCUUCGGACUCGCGUGUUGUGCGGUAGAGAUGAUGCACAUCGCGGCCCCGCGCUAUGAUAUGGACCGCUUUGGGGUCGUGUUUAGGGCGAGUCCACGACAGGCCGACGUGAUAAUAGUCGCCGGAACCCUAACCAAUAAGAUGGCGCCCGCGCUUCGCCGCGUCUACGACCAGAUGCUUGAGCCCCGUUGGGUCAUAUCGAUGGGCAGCUGCGCCAAUGGCGGCGGUUAUUAUCACUACUCGUAUUCGGUGGUCCGCGGAUGCGAUCGCAUUAUUCCCGUCGAUAUCUAUGUGCCGGGUUGUCCCCCGUCUGCCGAAGCGCUCUUUUAUGGCAUUUUACAGCUCCAGAAGAAAAUCAAACGAAUGAAUCACAACCAGAUGUGGUAU